AUGCACGGAAAAGUUAAACAGGUGGUGGAUCCUUCAUCAGUUAGAUGGCUGUCUGUGGAGACGUGCAUCAGGAUGAUAUUUGAGGACUAUGAUUCACUUGUCAUGUUCUUGGAAAAUGAAAAGAGUUCUAAUGCUACAGCUGUUGGAAUUUGGCAGUUCACAGCUUCAACACUGUUUCUUCUAACCACAGUCUUGUUGAUUGAUGUUCUGUCAGUUAUUGGGACAUUUAGUCCUCUGUUUCAGAGGGAUGUUGCCAACUUGUCUGUCAUAAGACACAGUGUACCUUCCACUGCUCAGGCAUUUGAAGGAAUGAUUGAUGGAUCUCCUGUGGUAAACAGAGUGUUGGCAGACCUAGGUGAUGUUCCUGGCACUUGGAAGAAUAUCUGCAAGGGAGUGGAAAUUGCUGAUAACAACAACCUAAGAGCCCUGUUCAACUCAGUGUGAAGGAGAUACCUGAACCAGCUUGCCGGCAACCUACACAACAGGUUUCUAGAAAAUGACUUGGAGCUACUGAAAUGUUUUGAUGUUGUCUUGAACCCUAGACGACUACCUGAUGGUGCAAGAGAGUUAGGAAACCAUGAUGAUGAACAACUCAAUAAACUUUGUCAUUACUUUGAAACUGUUCUUGACUCAAAUAGGUGUAAAAAC